GUAGCGCUGUCACUUCUGGGAAUUGCACCAUCUAAGAAGAACAGACUUCAUUCAAACUCGCCACUGAUUAACCAAAAAUCACUGCAAUGGCAACUAAAAAAGUUGGAGGUCAAUCCGAGGAGAAACAGGCCACUCCUGAGGUGCAGAAGAUCUGCGAUGAAGUCAAGCAUCAAGCAGAAGAAAAGGCUGGAAAGAAGUUCACUGUUUUCACUGCCAAACUCUUCACCACACAGGUCGUGGCCGGGACCAACUAUUUCAUCAAGGUGAAUGUAGGAGGAGAUCAGUUUGUUCAUCUGAGGGUUCAUAAACCGCUCCCUCACGCUGGAGAAAAAGUACAACUGCAAGGCGUUCAGGUGUCGAAAAGCUGUCAAGACCCCAUCCAGUACUUCUAAACAAACCCUCAAUGGUGGAGCUUAAUUAAAGAGACAGUGCACCCAAAUAAAUUACUGACUAUUUACUCUAUUAAUACACUAUUUACAGUAUUUACUAUAUACACUCAAGUGUUUCCAAGCAUUUAUGAGUUCAUUUCUUCUGUUAAACGCUAAAGAAGAUAGUUUGAAGAAUGCUGAAAACCUGUAACCAUUGACUUCCAUAGUAGGAAAAACAAAUACUAAGAAGUUUCUUUCGUCUGUUAAACACAAAAGAAGAUCGUUUGAAGAAUGCUGAAAACCUGUAACCAUUGACUUCCAUAGUAGGAAAAACAAAUACUAAGAAGUUUCUUUCGUCUGUUAAAUACAAAAGAAGAUAGUUUGAAGAAUGCUGAAAACCUGUAACCAUUGACUUCCGUAGUAGGAAAAAUAAAUACUAACAAGUUUCUUUCGUCUGUUAAACACAAAUGAAGAUAGUUUGAAGAAUGCUAAAAACCUGUAACCAUUGACUUCCACUGUGGGAAAAUCAAAUAUUAUGGGUUUCUUUCAUCUGUUUAAUGCAAAAGAUAGUUUGAAGAAUGCUGUAAACCUGUCACCAUUGACUUUCUAUAUAGGAAAAACAAAUACUAUGGGUUUCUUUCAUCUGUUAAACACAAAAGAAGAUGGUUUGAAAAAUGCUGAAAACCAGUAACCAUUGACUUCCAUAGUUGGGAAAACAAAUACUAUGGAAGUCAAUGGUUACAAGCAUUCUUUAAAUACUUCUUUGAGUAAAUAAUGACAGAAUUUAAAUGUUUGGGUGAACUGUUUCUUUAAAUGUUUCUCAUUCUCUAAUACAGUGUUUCCCAACCCUGCUCCUGGAGGCACACCAACAGUACAUAUUUUGGAUGUCUCUCUAAUCUGACCAAUUAACUUCAGGUUUUGGAGUCUCUUGUUCUGCUGAGUUGAUUCGGGUGUGUUUGAUUAGGAAGAGUUUGAAAAUGUGUAAUGCUGGUGUGCCUCCAGGAACAGGGUUGGGAAACACUGCCCUAAUAUAUGCACACAAACAUGCCAUACAGUAUGAGGCUUUUGUUUAUGCGUGAUGUAUUCUGACUGAUGCUGUUACAAAACCUUUAUUACAUUCUGCUGCAUUAAAAUGAAGCAAUUCAUUUGAAUUUUCCAGUGCCUAUAGUGUACAGUACAUGACUUUUCUAAAACCAGCACGUCACAUGCACAGAUGCUGCACUGUGGUGAAAUAAUUGCACAUGAAUAUGAAUCGUCAUUCCAAAAUAUGCUUUAUAAACACUUCUAAAAUAAAGGGAAAUCGAUUUUA